AUUGUUACAUUGUAACAAACCGGGGCAGAAGAGAGGCCCAUAGGGUCCUCGGGCCGACAGAUACUACACAUCAUUUUUGUUUUUUACUUUCCUUCGGGGUGGAAAUAUAACGUUGCGAUUUGUCUAAACAUAGCGCAGAACACAACCACCUAUCAGGAGGGAAAAAAACCCCGAAGGCUCGGCUCUAUUUGUUCUUUUUGAAUGCAGGCAUUUUAAAGGAUCACCUAAAGAUUUUAUCUGCACUUAUUGGAUGCAUCUGCACCGGGAUUUGUAAUUUUCAGUGAAUAAGGUCCUUGUCUGCCUUCGUCUGCCCCGUUUGAAUUUUUACAGAGCUUGACUGCAACGUUGAACGCUUGCACAGCCUUCUUGAUACACAAAACCCCCAUUUGUAGUCUAUUUCAAGACUAAUAUCCAUUGUUUACUAUGCUUAAAUAUUCGAAAAUCACUAUAUCUUCGUGAAUAAACUGCUAUUUCCUUAUUGGUCUGGCCAUUUCGAUGGGCUGAAGUCGCUUUUGUCUGUCAUGUUGUAACCUUGUGGAAGUCUGAAGCUGAAAUAGGUUCAAAAUCCCCAAAGAACAGAACCAUCCAAAUAAAGGAAGCACGAAUUGAGCGACAGCUUCACCGGUUUAAAGUCUCUCUAUUUCUGCCCAAGACGCAGUGUUUCCAUGGAGACAGUGUCAUCUCGUGGCCUGAAGCGCAGAUUCGAGGAGGUGGACAGCGGCUCGCCGUGUUCCACACCCAAAGAUUCAGAUGAUGACAUCUCUAGCAGUGACAGCGCUGAUAGCUGCGACAGUCUCAAUGCUCCCUCCAGCUCUCUCACACCCCCCUCCAUUCUCAGAAGACACAAAGCAUCUUUAGGUCGUAAGCAGGUACGCUUUGACGCGGUGACAGUCUAUUACUUCUCCAGAAGGCAGGGCUUCACCAGUGUGCCCAGUCAGGGUGGCAGCUCCCUAGGCAUGGCACGCCAUCACUGUGCUAUACGACAUUACACCCUUGGCGAGUUUGCACGAGAACAAGAGAGCAGCCACAAGCAUGUGCUGCGUCAACAUCUACGGCAAGAAAAGCUCAACGCUCGCAAGUUGAAGCUGACACGGAAUGGAACUGUGGAUUGUCCCGAAGCAGAGUUGCUUACCCUAGAUGACAUAUCCGAUGAGGAUCUGGACGUUGAGAGUGUAGAAGUGGAUGAUUGCUUCUUCUUGCAGCCUCUUCCGACCAAGAGACGUCGGGCACUACUGAGGGCCUCAGGUAUUGCCAGCAUAGAUGCCAGAGAAAAGGCUGAGCUGCGUGCCAUACGUUUGUCCCGGGAGGAGUGUGGUUGUGACUGCCGCUUCUACUGCGACCCUCGGCACUGCGGCUGCUGCCAAGCUGGAAUUAAGUGCCAGGUGGAUCGGAUGUCCUUCCCAUGUGGCUGCACCCGUGAUGGUUGUGGUAAUACAGCUGGGCGCAUUGAGUUCAACCCUCUUCGUGUGCGUACCCACUAUCUUCACACGGUCAUGAAACUUGACCUGGAAAAGAGAAACCUGUUGGGUGUAAGGUCUGGAGAGGUUUGUGGGGAAGAGACAGAAUUAGUCUCUUCUUCAUCUCUGUCUCUUUCUCCCUUGGACUCGGAUGUGGAGGUGGAAAGCCAAAGCAUUCAGGAGCUGCAAGAGGAGCAGUGCGAUAGCCUGGAGCGUGAGAACGAAACAGCCGUGCUUCAUCUACAAAGUGCAGAGGAGAGGGAAAGGAGACUGGAACAAGAGGAGCAGCAAGUUGAGGAGGCGCAGACCACUGACUCAACCCUUUGCCUCCUGCAGGGUGCCCUCACCAGCCAAGCUGGGAUGGAGGGCAUUGAAGGUGUUGAGGGAGUCCUUUUAGAAGGGCCUUUUCCUGAAGGUACCACCCUGCUGUGUAUUACAGAGAACCAUGCGGAUGAACAAACCGAGCAGAGGCUGCUCAAAGACCCUGCUUCUGUCCUCUAUUAUCAGGUAGGUCAUGUUGAGACAGCAGCCUUUGAAACACUUCCUGCACAAGUAGAGGAGGUGGUGAGUGAAGGUGGGGAUCCAGAUAUGGAGAGCGAUAGGCAAAAACAAGAAACCUGCGGGCAGGAUUCGGCCAAGAGCUUGUCUGUUGAAGUACCUCCACCUCUCAAGGAUGGGGGCGAAGAACAUCUUUGUCCAGAACAGGCCUCAAAUGAAGGGGAAUGCCUCGAGACGUGCCUGGCUCUGGAUGAAAAGGCAGUACAACUUCCUCCAGAAGUGUAGAGACCGUCCCCUCUGCAGAUGUUUUGCACAAGUUAGUCAUUAAAUUCAAAGAGAGCCUACUCCACACAGUGCGAUAUGUUACAAGACUGCAUAAUGUUAUUAAAUGUUAAAGAAACAAGUUACCUUCAUGGGUUUGUAUCCAAUCUAGCUGGAGAUAAGCAUGUACUGUGUUUGAAGUAGGUUGUCCGUGUUAAAAUAAGUUAUAAAAAAAAAUAAUAAUAAUAAUAAUACAAAAAAAUAGAAUAAUUUAUUUUAAAAAAUGAAAAAAGAAACUCAAGAAAAGCAGAGGUCCUGAUCUGACAAGUGUUUGUUUUUCCAGUAUGGUAUUGGUUUAUUACUUGAUACUAGUGGGGAAAAGUGGCCUUUAUGUCGAGGAGCAAGCAUUUUCAGGAUUAUCCAGGGCCUUUGUAUGGCCUUUCCAGUUCGUAGAGUUUCCGAUACGGCACCCCAACAACUAAUUGGCACUGUCAGGAGGGUAUAUGCUAACGCUAUGUUCAUGUCUUGUCGGAAUUAUCACAAUUAUGAGAUGACAACUAUUAGCUGUUCAUAUACUCAGUAUAGAUGACAAAGCUUAUAAUGUCAAAAUGUAUCAACACAAAGCUUUGUUGUUAAUUAAAAAAAAUUAUAAUAAUAAUAAAAUCACAUUAACCUUGGAAUGGAUCUUUCAUAAAAUUAAGUUGUUCCAAACUUGGAAUUACAAAAGUUUCCAAAGGCCUUAAAUGGUUUUUAAUACUCAGAAUCCUGUAAUUAUGGUAAUUCGUUCACGGCAUGAAUGCAACAUUAGUCAUAUGCAUAUGGAUAAUGCUAUCUCAGUGCUCACGCUAAGAGAAGGGGUUGCUAAUUUCAGAAGAGGGUGUUGUUUGUAGCAUCCUUCCUGUGAAUAGACCCAACGAUCCUGGAAAUACUUGGUUUUCAUGUACUGUACAAGUGUUUUGCUAAGAGCUAGCAUGAAGAUGAGUGAAAAAGCUGCUUGUUCUUUGUAUGCACGUUGAAAACUUGAUUCGUUUGAACAUGCUGAGAUGGGAUCAGGAGGAUGAAUGUGCAAGCCAUUUGCACCGCAGUUAUUUACUGAUUUAUCGUAGUCUUGACCUGACACCUUUUGAAGCUGUAGCCUACCGUCCUAGUUUGUGGACGUUUAUUUAUUUACCACCGCUUUGUAUUGUUGGAGCAAAGACAAUGUGUGUGAGUAUCGUCAUCUACAAUCAUUUGUCUUUUUAUUUUUUUGGGGGGGGGGUGUGUUUUAAUUUUUCAGUAGUGAUUGAGAUCAUACACAUUUAUUGCACAUCAAAGCCUUUAAAGAUUACAGAAGACAUUUAUGGGUGAAUCUCAUGAAAAUACAUCCAGGUCACAUUUUUAAAGAUUUUUUUAUUUUAUUUUAUUUUACCACCAUCAAUGGCAUGUUUUUAACAUUUUGUGAGACUGAGGAGAUUAUAUAUUUUAAGUUUGACUUGCACAUUGGCAUUUUUAGUUUAUCUCACUAGGCCACAGUUUUAACCAGUCCUGAUAUUUAAGCAACAUUACAAGUCAACAAUGGACCUAAUUUUAGCAUCCAAACCCUCAUUUAAACCCUGUGAAGACCAUCUUUCUUGCCUCUGUAUCCUUACUGUUCUUCCCUGUUGCAUUUUUUAUAGUCCAUCCCUCUCUCAUCCCUCUUUGUUUUAGAAUAUGAAUAUGUUGAAGAAAAUUUUACUUGGAUUUGUUUUAUUGUUAUUUGUUUUAUUUCACUUCUGUUUAAAGUCAAAGUAAAAAUAUAAAUGGUUACAUUAAAAAAAUUGGGUCUUCAAAUAGUUACGAGUUCUGUGAUGUUGCUAAAUUAUUUAAACGUGAGGAACCCAAGAAAUUUGUAAUUUUGCAGUGUGUGUGUGUUUGCACGUGUGCCAGAAAGAUUCAUGCUGCUUUGUCAGAUGAACCAAUGUUUAUGACUGCAGUAUGGGUUCAUUAUAUUUCAAAAGGUGCUUUUAUUUUAGUUUUUACAUAUUCAUAUUAACACUAUAUGUAGAGUCAAUGUAGAGAGAGAGAAAAAAGAAAUGUUAAAAAUCCACAGUGGUUGUACAUGCAAAUGUUGCUGUUAUCUCUCUGCUUCAAGUUUACUCAUCCUUACAACACCCUUUAGUCUUGAGUAAAUGAGAUGCUUAAUUAUGUGAUUGCAUUAGCUAAAAUGCAGCAUGUGAGGCUAAUCAUGAAUUUGUUAGCAUGGUUGCGCCCUCAUAUGACUUAGCAUUGUAAAGCUCCAAGCAUUAAGUUUGAUUCAGACCUAAAUCUGCAAUAAUUAAGUGUUUUGCAAAUGACCAAUCAAGAAGGAUUUUGUUUUAUACUGUUUUGUUUUAUAAAAUCUUGCUUUAUUUUUUGCCUUAUUGUAUGUUAGCAUGUCUCUUUGUCUAAGUUUACUGAAUGAUCUUGAUGUAUUGGCUGUGGGUUUGAUGUCUUUUUGUGUGUGUGUGUGUGUGUGUGUGUGUGUGUGUGUGUGUAGAACACGUGGAGAAAUAAUGUGCCACCUCCACACAUUCCUGCACUCAAACUAGUUUUGUCUGUAGCAGUGUCUGAUCUAGAAACUGGCGUAUCCUUAAAAACGCUGGUAUGAGGGCCUGCUAUUGUCCAAAACAUGGAAGAGAAUCAGUCUUGUUUGUUGAUCAUUAUUUUUAUGUAUGAACAUCCACCAGUCCAGUGGUCCUAAAACUACUUGCUUUAAAUGAGGCCUGAAUGUCUCACAUGCUAAUGUACCUAGCUGUAGCUGAAACGCUAAGUAUCUUUUAGUCUGACAUAUUUUUGUUCAUGUCGCCUACUUAAAGUACUCAGAUUUGAGACCACUACAGUAACUGAAAAACAACUUACAUUAUGAUUGUAUUCGUUUAUGUUUGUUUGUGUGUGUUAGAGGCGCUUUAUUAAUAAGGCUGAAUGGAGUUGAAUUCUACCUGUAAGAGUGACUUAUGCUAACUGUUGCCUACAGAGGAAAUAAAACAUACAAAGUUUUAUAUGAAAAUGUGAGUGAAGUAAAAUCUAAAAUGAAUAAAACAAAUGUGUCCAUCUUAA